AUGGCAUCCAGUGUUCAAGAUGUUUUUAUGCUUUUCGGUGAUUCGAUAACUCAAGGAGGUUGGGGACCUGGUCUCAAUGGAAUGGGUCAAAGACUUUCUCAUGUUUACGCCAGGAAACUGGAUGUAUUGAAUCGAGGGUAUUCGGGAUAUAAUACUGAGUGGGCGAUACCGGUGUUCGAGCAGUGCUUUGCAAAGCGCACUGACGGACACGCUCCUAAAGUCCAAGUGCUUACCAUCUGGUUCGGUGCGAAUGAUGCCUGUAUCAAGCCAUCACCACAGCACGUUCCUUUAUCAAAAUUUGUAUCCAACAUGAAACAUCUCGUCCAAAUGGUGAAAUCACCCACAUCAGCUUAUUAUUCCCCAACAACGCGCAUCAUUCUUAUCACGCCUCCACCGGUUGAUACAUACCAGCGUCGAGCCGAUCUUGAGUCUCGCAAUCCUCCCAUAGCUUUGGACCGGUUAUUUGCAACGACCGAGGCUUAUGCACAAGCAGUGAAGGACGUUGCAGCUGAAGAGAACGUCGCAGUUGUCGAUGUAUGGGGGACGUUGUGGGAAGCAGUCGGAAAGGAAGAAAAAUUGCUGAACAAAUUUCUCAUCGAUGGUCUUCACCUAAACGAGGCUGGAUAUCAGGUCGUGUAUGACGAAUUGAUCAAAACCAUUGCACAAAUGCAUCCGGAGGUGCAUUACGACAAUCUCGGACCUAUAUUUCCACCCUGGGCUCAAAUCGAUUGGGAUGCGCCUUCGAACAGCCUGUAUAUCAAGGCGGUAUGA